CCCUUGUCUGAUGACGCUCUUUCCUGGGUCAUGGUGAGUCGUCAACACGUGUACUCGUAUGGUUAGAAGAGUAAGCGUCUGGAAGUUUGCAAAACAACGUUUAUUUUGUUAUUUUUUCACCUAGAAGCUCGUCUAGAACCGGCCGCCAAAAUGGUGAAGCCACAAUACAAGGGGAGAAGCUCCAUUAACCCCUCUACUUCCAGCAGUAACCCAGAUCGACCUAAGGGUGUUGGAGGUAGUCAUAUGAGGGACCGGGCAACCGUCAAGCGCCUGAAUAUGUACAGGCAGAAAGAACGUCGAAACAACCGGGGGAAAGUCAUUAAAACUCUGCAGUACCAGUCUACAGUGGCACCUGGAACCGUAGCAAGAGUAGAGCCAAAUAUUAAGUGGUUUGCUAACACAAGGGUCAUCAAGCAAUCAUCUCUGCAGAAGUUUCAAGAUGAAAUGGAUCGAGUGAAGAAGGACCCAUACAGAGUAGUGAUGAAAAAGAGCAAGCUGCCGAUGUCUCUCUUGCAAGACAGAAUCAAAUCUCAUAACUCAAAAGUACACAUUUUAGACACGGAGACCUUUGAAACAACGUUUGGUCCUAAAGCCCAGAGGAAAAGACCAAGCCUGUCUGCAGCUGAUGUGCAUGAUCUGGUGGAGAAAGCUGAGGCUUCUGCAGAUAAAUACAGCGAGGACAAAGAUAAGGAUCUGGUGACGGAGGACACUGGAGUAAGGGAUGAAGUCCAAGAGGAAAUCUACAAAAAGGGGCAAUCAAAAAGGAUCUGGGGUGAACUUUAUAAGGUAUUGGAUUCAUCCGAUGUUAUAAUUCAAGUGCUGGAUGCCAGAGACCCCAUGGGAACGCGUUCUCGUAGCAUUGAGUCAUAUUUAAAGAAGGAGAAACCUUGGAAACAUUUCAUGUUCGUGCUUAAUAAAUGUGAUCUCAUCCCCACCUGGGUCACGAAACGCUGGGUUGCAAUCUUAUCAAAGGAAUAUCCCACACUUGCUUUUCAUGCCAGCCUAACAAACUCCUUUGGAAAAGGUGCCCUGAUUCAACUCUUAAGGCAGUUUGGAAAGUUGCAUACUGACAAGAAACAGAUCAGUGUUGGUUUCAUCGGUUAUCCAAACGUUGGCAAGAGCUCUGUGAUAAACACGCUGCGUUCCAAGAAGGUCUGCAAUGUGGCCCCCAUCGCAGGAGAAACAAAGGUCUGGCAGUACAUCACCUUGAUGCGUCGUAUUUACUUGAUUGAUUGCCCUGGGGUUGUCUACCCAUCCGGUGACACUGAAAGCGAUAUAGUGUUAAAAGGAGUGGUUCAGGUUGAAAAAAUCAAGAGCCCAGAAGACCACAUUGCUGCAGUGCUGGAAAGAGCAAAACCAGAGUACAUUCAAAAAACAUACCGUGUUGAUUCCUGGGAGUCACCCGAGAACUUCUUGGAAAAGCUGGCAUUUAGGAUGGGAAAACUCUUAAAGGGUGGAGAACCUGACUUGCAGACUGUAUCAAAAAUGGUUUUGAAUGACUGGCAGAGGGGCAGGAUCCCCUUUUUUGUGAAGCCCCCAAAUGCAGAGCCAGGUUCAGAGCCUCAAGCAGGUAUCGAAGCUGCCAAGAGUACCCAAGAGGUCAGCAACCCAGAAAAGGAACCAGAAACGGCAGAGGCUGAUAACAAAUCAGCCGAAGCAAAGCAAGACACAGAAAUCCAGCAGAUCAUGAUGGCACACGUACGGCAGAACUUUGGUAAAAUUAACGUAGUCCCUGAAUUCACGGAGCAGGACCUGGUGCCUGUGGAGAUGUCAGAUAUGUCGGAAGAGGAGUGCUCGGGAGAAGAGGAGGAGGAGGAGGAGGAGGAAGGCACAGAGGGUGAAGAGGAAGAUGAGAGUCCUGAAAACAAUGAGGUUCAGGAGGGACACAAACUCGAAGGCGACCAGUCUGCUCAGACAACACCCAAAGCAAAGGGCAAAGAGAGGAGCUCCAAAGAGGUGAUUCGUGAGCUGGAUGAAAAGAUCAACAAAUACAAAAAGUUUUUGGAUCAAGCCAAGUCCAAGAGAUUUUCAGCCAUAAGAAUACCCAAAGGACUCGCUGAAAAGGUAAUCACAAAGACAGAACAGAAACGGGAGUCUCCAGUUGAUUCAAAACCUAAAGUUAUUGCAAAUGCAGGAAAAAAGAGAAAGGCACAGGAUGAUGUUGAAGAACCUCAGGUCAAACUGACUUCAAAGGAGAAGAGAAGAUUAGAAAGGUCCCAGCGUUCAAAGAAAGUGGGGGUUCGAUACUAUGAAACACACAACGUGAAAAACAAGAACAAGAACAAAAAGAAACCAAGCAGCUCAGAAGGAUCCAAAUCUAAGAAAUUCAGACAUAAGUCGUGAGACGCAGCUUCUAAAAAAAAAUAAACUGUAAUGAUGCCUUUAAACCUGUGCUUUUUAAAUGCUUUAAAGAUAUAAAGUAUUUAAGAUCACCGUGACCCUGAUAUAUAAAAUAUAUAUAUCAUUUUUUUGUGUUUUUUUUUUUUUUUUUUUUUUUUUUAAAGGCACACUUCAGAUCAGGAUUUUUACCAAAAUGCUAAGAUAGUUGGAUCUCAGUUUGUUUCUGGGCUAUUGAGAAACAAACAAUACAUCCAAUGUUAUCUAUAUGGUACUCUGGAUAUAAAUACCUGGACAAAACUGUGGGCAACAUAUAUUUAGAGCUACCGGUCAUUAUUGCUAUUCAGAGGAUGUCGAGUCUCAUGCAGGGACAUCAUUGUGUAGUAGAUGCUGCACCCUCAGAACUUGUGUUCUGCUCAUUGUGUUUUCCAGAACAUUACCUAGUUCAAUUCCACACAAUUAAAAUUGAAGCAAAAUACUCAAACAGAUAAGAAAGUUGUAUCUGUUGAAGUUUGCUUCAUGUAAAAAAAAUAAUAAUAGUAAUAUAAAAAGGAAGUCAGAUAUGAAAAACACCUUUAGAUAGUAAAGAACCUGUUUGUUUUAAAAUACUUUUGUAUAAAAUGUAUUUGGGUGACAAAAACAAUCAAGGAGUAUUUUAUAUAAGAAUUUAAUAAACAACAGUAUUACAUAGUGGAAACAAUAAA